AUGGACGAUUUGCUUUUAAGAAGGCUUAGGCUCAUUAACGACAAACUCACCACAGACAUAGAAGUUAUUCCUGUUACCAUUAAUUCAGAGAACUUAGGGCAGGCUCAAAUUACUUACAGUAAAUUAGAUGCAUCUCUGAAAAGACUUGACAACGACUUGAUGGAGUACUUUCGCUUGGCUUCGACACCUGCUUCUGAUGAAAUAUGUUUACUGAGUGGAUUGCAACUUCAAGCAGAGGAGACUUUGGCUGAACUUAAAGUGAAGAUCGAUCAAAUAACUUUGAAAAGCAACGCUACAGAGAAACCUCCGGAAGCGAAUGCCUCGUGCCGACUCCCUAAACUACAGCUGCCGGUGUAUAGUGGAGAUGUGCUCUUUUGGUGUGAGUUCUGGGACUCCUUCAAGAGCAACAUUGAUUCAAGAAAUCUGCCUGAUGUUGACAAGCUCUCCUAUCUUAAAGCCUCGGUGACGGGAGAUGCCAAGAAAGCCAUAGAUGGUCUGUCUACUACUAAUGCUAAUUAUAGAAUAGCCAUAUCAAUCCUGAAGGAGCGUUUCCGCAAGACCUCUCAUCUCAUUGACGCGCAUUAUGCAACACUAUAUAAGGUUAAGAUGGCCAAAAGCACCGCUGAAGACUGUAGAAAGACAUUCAACGAAGUUGAACGAAAUCUCAAAAUUUUGGAAUCAUUAGGUGAAAACAUCAAUCACAAUCAUCUUCGUUUUAUGUUGCUGGAGAAAUUUCCACCCGAUCUAGUUUACGAAAUUAAGCUGAAGGUUAAUGAUGAUUCUAUACAAGAAAUCAGGAACCAAUUAGAUAGAAUUAUUACCGCAAAAGAGGAUGCUGAAAGGAUUUCAGGAAGAAAACGCACGCAUAAAGCAGAAGAUAGUACAGUCGGAACUCUACAUAUAAAUUUGAAACGUGCAAGAAGCGCAUAUCCACCCAAACAGCAACAAGGUCCCCCUAAGAAACAAAAUCCUCAAGGAGGUUUUGAUAGAAGAGCGGAAAGGAAGAAUAAGUUUGAUAGUAUUAAUAAACCCAAUAAAUGGAACAGACCAAAACAAACUCCGACUUCUAACAAGGAUCAACCAGAACCUCAGCAGGGCUCUCCGAAGGGGAGAACAGCGUGGACAUGCAUCUUUUGCAAAGGUGAUCAUUACAAUGAUAAGUGCUCUGAAGCUACUACCUUAGCAGAAAGAAAGAAACGACUUGGAAAGAAAUGCUUCAUGUGUUUGAAGUUAGGCCACUUUAUAAAAGACUGCAAGAACAAACAAGAAUACUGCAAUGAAGAAACAGUCCUGACGGUUCUAGGAAAGGGAUUCACUACUCUUCAAACUUCUGUCGUUAGGGCUAACCCCCUAGAUAAUAAAAAUAAACAAUAUAAAUAUAGACUUCUUUUAGAUCCAGGCUCUCAGCGCUCCUACGUCACAUUUCAAACUGCCAAGGAAUUGAAGCUUCCCAUUGAAGAGGAAAGUCAUUUAACUAUAUUUACCUUCGGUGAAGAUCCUCCUAAAGAAAUACAUAGUCCAAUAGUUACUUUACAAUUGCUGUCAAGGACAAAUAAGAAGAUAGUUAUACAAGCCAACUGCGUUGAACGUAUUUCAAGAGGAUACAUACCCACUGUCAAGUUGAAGGACUUACCGGAGUCAUAUAUACUAGCGGAUGACGGCUCGCUAAGCGGACAGGUGCAGAUUCUGGUUGGAAACGAGUACUACUUCAACCUAAUUUACGAGAAGAAAAUACAAUUGGGUAGUAACCUGUUCCUGGUCGAUUCUGCCCUUGGUUGGAUAAUAAGUGGUAGAACAGAACCACAGCUUAGUGACGAGCCCUAUGUAGUGACUUACGCUCAGACUUGUAUAGAAACGAAGCUUCAUCAACCUGACCCACCCCUUUGUGAUGGAGACAUAAAGAGCCUCUGGGAACUAGAAUGUAUAGGUAUUAGUGAUUCACCGAAAGCAACUAGAGAAGAAGAAGCAAUCAAGUAUUUUAAUAAUACCACUGUGAAAUUAAAUAAUCGUUACACGGUAAGCUGGCCAUGGAUAACUUACCCACCGGACUUACCCAAUAAUCUUGGAAUGGCUUUUGGUCGUUUAUCAAGCUUAUUGAAGCGUAUGGAUCAAGGCACGUUGUUAUCAUACGAUGAUACGUUUAAACAACAAUUAGAUAAAGGUAUAAUAGAAGUUGUACUUGCUUCAAGAACGUCAACGGAUAACGUAGUUCACUACCUACCCUUCCAUGGAGUAUGCCAUCGAGGGAAACCUAUGAGAAUAGUUUAUGAUGCUAGCUCCAAGAGCAGCAAAGACACCAAGAGUCUGAACGAAUGUUUAUACAGAGGACCACUCAUGUUAGAAGACCUCACAGGUUUACUCAUUAAAUUUAGAACUCAUCAGAUAGGACUAACCUCGGAUAUUGAAAAGGCGUUCUUACAGAUGGCGUUACACGAAAAGGAUCGUGACCACUACAGAUGA